AUGGUCGCCAAAGAUAAGGAAGAUUGGUUAAGGGACAUGGAAGAACUUGAGAAACUAGACGUCCUUAGUGACAUUAGAGAUCUUAAUGAGGAGGAGUUGUGGAUCAAGGAAGAGUGCCUUAAAAACAUCCGUGAAAGGGAGUUUUUGGCCGCCAUGGAUUUGAAACAAAAAACGCGUUGUCGUUGGGCGGUUGAGGGAGAUGAGAAUUCUACUUUUUUCCAUAGACUUAUUAAUAAUAGGAAGAAAAAAAAGGGGAUUCCGGGUCUUAGCAUUGGGGAUAAUAUAAAGAGGCUUUCGGUGGAGGAGGUCAAUGCUAUUUCAAAGCGUUUCUCGGCCAAAGAGAUAAAAGACACAGUUUUUGAAUGUGGGGCUGACAAGGCUCCUGGCCCUGAUGGUUUUAAUUUCAAUUUCCUGAAGCAUUUUUGGAAGUUUUUUGAGGAAGAUUUUAGAGACAUUUUGGCUCAUUUCCAUGAAACGGGUUCGAUUGACAGGGGGUGCAGCACCUCUUUCAUUACUCUUGUCCCUAAAGUUAAUGAUCCAAUACAUUUGAAGGAUUAUCGUUCGAUUAAUCUAAUAGGGGUGAUCAGUAAAGUUAUUUCGAAGAUAUUAGCGAAUCGUUUUAAGAAGGUUAUUGGGAAAGUGGUGUCGGAAUCCCAAUCGGCGUUUUUAAGAGAUAGGUAUAUCCUAGAUAGCCCCCUGAUUCUUAGCUAG